AUGUCAGCAAGCAAGAACUCCGACGCCAUGACGGCCGCGCAGGGCGAGUUCAGGAGCAAGUACGAACGCGGCACAAAGGUCGGCAAGGACCACCUGCCAGAAUUCCACGCCGAAACCCACCUCCCGGGCACCGCGCCGGCGAGCCGGACCUUCCAGCCGCGGCCGGUCAACGAGACGGUGCCAUCGGGAGGUGGCGCCUCCGUACCGACGGCGGCGUCGGACACGCCGCCGGGGGCAACAUCCGCGGGCGUGCACCGGGGGCUCGGCCACCCGGGCCAAGGCAUGACGAGUCAGGAACUGCACGGAGGCAAGCGGAGCAGGGACGGCGCGGGGCUCGAGGGCGUCGGCAUCAACUCCACGGACCCGGCGCACGAGCGCGGCUUCGACAGGGACUACGAGACCGGGUACCGCGGCAAAGCGAGAGAGGAUUACCCCGGUGCGGAGGAUAGACUACCGACAUCGGCGGAGGAGGUGGCCAGCGAGCGGCUUUGA